AUGACCAAUGGCCGGCGCGCAUCAGAUACCUUCAAGCCAAAGCAUACGACCCUAGCAUUGACCGAAUAUGCUGCGAGCCCAACACCUCAACUCGGAACUCCCCAUGAGCGAAAUCUGAACCCAGGCGGAGUCCCUGAAGACCUUUUGUUGCCCAAUGGCUACCCCGAUUACAUCCGUCUCAUCACGACCGCCAAAGUCUACGAUGUCGUCACAGAGACUCCACUGACCCAAGCCAUCAACCUCAGCAACCGACUCGAAAGCAAUGUUUUAUUGAAGCGAGAAGAUCUGCUCCCGGUGUUCUCCUUCAAACUCCGAGGAGCCUACAAUAAGAUGGCCCAUCUGACUCCCGAGGAGAGGUGGAAAGGAGUCAUCGCAUGUUCAGCAGGUAACCACGCCCAGGGCGUUGCAUAUUCAGCGAGGAAAUUACGAAUCCCAGCGACAAUCACAAUGCCAGUCGGAACACCGGCCAUCAAACACCAGAAUGUCGCGCGCAUGGGCGGCAACGUCGUCCUAUACGGAGCCGAUUUCGAUGAAGCAAAGGCCGAGUGUAAUCGGAGAGCAGAGGCAAACGGCUUGAUCAACAUCCCACCGUUUGAUGACCCCUAUGUCAUCGCUGGUCAAGGUACCAUCGGUGCCGAGAUUCUUCGUCAAGCCGAUCUAAGCAAGCUCGAAGUCAUCUUCUGCUGCGUGGGCGGAGGUGGUCUCAUUGCCGGAAUCGGAAUUUACAUCAAGCGAUUCGCACCGCACGUCAAGAUCAUCGGCGUGGAGACCUAUGAUGCAAACGCACUAGUCCAGUCACUCAAGAUGGGCAAGCGAGUUACGCUCCCAGAAGUUGGGUUGUUCGCUGACGGCGCUGCGGUGAAGUCGGUCGGGGUGGAGACUUUCCGCAUAUGUCAAGAGGUCGUUGACGAAAUUAUCCAAGUCACCACUGACGACAUCUGUGCGGCGAUCAAAGACGUCUUCGAAGACACACGCUCGAUCUUGGAACCCGCCGGCGCUCUCUCACUCGCAGGUCUGAAGAAAUAUGUCGCCAGCAAUCCCUCCGCAGACACAAGCCGACAACUUGUAGCGGUAGCAAGUGGAGCCAACAUGAAUUUCGAUCGAUUACGUUUCGUCGCCGAACGUGCCGCUCUAGGUGAGGGCAAGGAAGCACUUCUCGCAAUAACUAUUCCUGAGAGGCCAGGUUCUUUUGCAGACCUGGUUUCCACAUUGAAUCCCAUGGGCGUGACCGAGUUCUCCUACCGCUACAGCGAUGACAGCAAGGCGGACAUCCUCGUGGGUGUCACCGUCUCCGCCGUCACCCGGCAACGCGACCUCGAGGAUCUCUUCUACCGCUUGGAGCAGCAGGGAAUGCAAGCCAAGGACAUCUCGGGCAACGAGCUUGCCAAGAGCCACCUCCGAUAUCUCGUGGGCGGCAAGAGCACUGCGGCGCACGAGCGACUCUUCGCAUUCGAGUUCCCCGAGCGCUCGGGCGCGCUGUUCAAUUUUCUGACCACGCUGCAUCCCGAUGCCAACAUCUCCCUCUUUCACUACCGGAAUUACGGCGGCGACGUUGCAAAGGUUCUCGCAGGCAUUCAGUGUCCGCCGGGCGAGGAGACGAAGCUGGAGGCGUUCUUGAAAGAGAUUGGAUACGGUUAUACGGAGGAGACGCAGAAUGAAAUGUACAAGAUGUUCAUGCGUCCUUGA